CUUUGAACACAUCAUCAGCCAGGUCCCGUGGCGUGGCGAGGGCGGACCGUGUGACGUAGAGCUGUGGCUGGAGCUGUUUAUUGUUCCUUGCUGAGCACCGACAGAGAAAAACAGGCUAACAGGCUGUCUGCUACCCUUUCCUACGCGGUUUUCGGUGUAAAACGAAGGCGUAAAAUUCAAGACAGCUAACUGCACAAACCAGGGCCAUGGCGUAUGCGUACCUCUUCAAAUACAUCAUCAUUGGAGACACGGGUGUGGGUAAAUCAUGUCUAUUACUACAGUUCACAGACAAGAGGUUUCAGCCUGUUCACGAUCUCACCAUUGGUGUGGAGUUUGGAGCAAGGAUGAUCACUAUAGAUGGCAAACAGAUCAAACUUCAGAUCUGGGACACGGCUGGUCAGGAGUCAUUCCGAUCCAUCACCCGGUCUUACUACAGAGGAGCAGCUGGGGCACUGCUAGUCUAUGACAUCACAAGAAGGGACACCUUCAACCACUUGACGACCUGGUUAGAGGACGCUCGUCAACAUUCCAACUCUAAUAUGGUCAUCAUGCUUAUCGGUAACAAGAGUGACCUGGAGUCAAGGAGAGAGGUGAAGAAAGAGGAAGGAGAGGCAUUUGCAAGAGAACAUGGGCUCAUAUUUAUGGAGACUUCAGCCAAGACUGCCUCUAAUGUCGAGGAGGCCUUCAUCAACACAGCCAAGGAGAUCUACGAGAAGAUCCAGGAGGGAGUGUUUGAUAUCAACAAUGAGGCUAAUGGUAUUAAGAUUGGACCCCAACACCCCACCCCCAGCUCCACACUGUCCGGUAGCCAGGGAGGCCAACAUGCUGGAGGUGGCUGCUGUUGAAGAGCCCCAACUCACCACCAACCACCACCACUUCCUCCUCCUCUCGACCCAGGACGCCCCUCUCGUACUCGGGAAACUCCUCUCCUCUCUCCCCUCCAACCAUCCAUCGCCCUGUCCCAACCCUCCCUUAUGUUUCUACAGAACUGUCCAGGCUCACUAACAGUUUGUCCAUUGACUUCUCUCACCCAUCUCUGUUAGUAAUUCCUUGUAUAUUUUUGUAGUUUUUGCAUCUCAGUCAGCGUAAUAUGUAGUCUUAACAAGGACAAAGCCAACUUCAGAUCUCCCCCAAAUUCAUCCACCAUUUUAUUCGAAUCUAGAUUUUAACCUGUAUUAAAAUGCUGCAGAGUUUUUGCUUGUUGCUGGAGGUGUUAAGGCAUUAUUGUCAUUAUUAAUCCAUAGUUUUCAAAUUUCAGUGGCUUUUCCGGUGUAUGAGACAGGUCUGACUGUACUGAAUUAAAACCGCAGCGCUGUGUUGUGUCUAUUCAUUUUAAAAGAAGUGACGCGGCCAUGUCGAUAGCAAGGCGAGCUACAACUUGUCCAGUUUACAUGCUGUGCCUGUGUGCAUGUGUAGGUAUAUUGAGAAAUGUCAGUCAGUUUUAGCUAAAGGCUUUGGAAUGAGUUACCAACAAUGUAAUGCUUUUUGUUCCUACCCCUUUAUAAUUAUUGUCAUGUUUUUGUUUUGUAUUUAAAGAACACUAUAAACUGGCUGUGGCUUACAAAAAGUGUUUUAAGAGAAUAAAUGACCAAACUGUUUGAAAA